CUUCGAGAAAGAUCAAUUGAAAGAUCACCCAGUGAUGGAUGAAAUAAAAUGGGAAUCCAGUUGUGAUCGAUGGAAUCAGCAGGUUCAUUAUGAUACGCUGUGGGAGCCAUUCGUUGCGCACGGACAAAAUCUGUAUUAAGUCCCCUAUACAGUUGUUGUACAGUUGACACGGGUGUAGGCUACUGCUGUAUGAUUUUCUGAUUAACAAACUAAUGUGGUGUAGCUGUUGCAUCACAUUGCUGUGGUGUAUACGCGCCGUUUCUCAAUUCUCAGAUGCGAAAAAGAAUGUCGAUAUGCAUGUCCUGCGUUUGAUUUUUCGAAUACGUUUGAUGUUUCGAAUACGUUUGAUGUUCCGAUCACAUAAGACAUGGUAUAGUGAGGAUAUAAGCUGUAGGAUGAAAUAUAUGGAUAGUAUGUACCGAGGAUUAGGGUGAAGUGUCUGUUUAUGUGUAUCAGGUAUUAGGGUGUACUAUUUAGUUGUGUGUGCUACGUGUGUCUGUCUUUAGCCGUACAUUGUAACCCGUGUCUCCGUUGCAUUCACUUCACAGCAAGAUAUGAUGAAGACUGUUGGGUUCACUCUCCCCAUGUUCCACGGACGAGGCUUCUUUCAGUACAACUUUGGUCUGACGCCUAUGCGCAAACCACUGGUCACCAUCGUCGGCAAACCAAUCGAGCUGCCGAAGUUGGACAACCCUACGCAGGAUGACGUGGACAAGUACCAUCAAGAAUAUAUAGACGCGUUGAAGGAUAUCUAUAACCGCUGGAAGCAAGACUUGGCCCCGGAUCGCAAGAGCUCCAUGAACAUCGUGGCGUAG